AUGGACUUCAACGGAAGUAAUAUCACUAAUGAGUAUGAAUACUACGUUGGUUACCCAAUGCCAGUAUAUCUCCAAGUACCGGACAACUAUGAAAUCGCAUUGUACUGUACAUUUUUUAUCCUGAUCGUCGUUGGAAAUGUCUGGGUGAUUGUCGCUAUAAUACGACAGCCAAAGCUACGAAAGUCAGCCACGAACAUGUUCAUUGUUUCGCUUUCUCUAUCCGAUAUACUGGUUGCUGUAUUCCAAAUUCCGUACCUAAUGUUUUUUCAGCUGAUACCCGACGUUUUUGUUGCUUUGAACGAUAAUAUAUUCGUCUGUCGGACAUUCGCGUGGAUGCAGUGGACUGCUCGAUGCGUGACAAUCAACUCUUUAAUUGGGGUGGCGAUUGACAGAUUCAGGGCCAUCGUUCAACCGUUAAAACCAAAGGUUACACGUACCCAGGCAACAGUAAUUAUUACUUGUAUUUGGGUAAUAUCCUUAGGUUAUUCACUGCGAAAACCGAUCCUCUUACAUAUGUAUGAAUACACAUUUAACAAUGUCACUCAAAAAUGGUGCAUGGUUCCAUUUGAAUACCACGAUAUAGCUAACAAAUUCCACCUCGUGGAUUUCUUUGUUAUGUUUCUCCUCCCACUUGUCCUACUUUGUAUCAUGUACGUAAUCAUGAUCAAAUCUUUGUGGUCAAAGAAAGGCCCUUCCAAUGCUUCUAACCGAGGCAAACAGAAAGCUAUCAAAAUGCUCACGGUAGUGGUUAUUUCUUUUGCGUUAACAUGGCUACCAUACUACAUGUAUUCAUUAUAUUACGAGUAUACCGAAUAUGCUGACAUCCCAUGGUCAAUUCUUAGGGGGAUUCAAGUUCAACAUCAUUUUGCGACACUUGCGUAUAUCAGUAACAGUUGGACAAACCCAAUUCUGUAUGCUUAUUUCAACGAGAAUUUCAGAAAUGAGCUGUACAGGAUGCUCCCGUGCCUCGCGAAUUGUUGUAAACGCAAUAAGGUAUCCCCGGAAUCGCGAACACGUCCAGUGACGCUACAAAAGAAACGAGAGAAACGAGAGCUGAUCAACGUGUUAAGUAAUGCCGCUUUUGAAUGA